GUUAAGUGUCAAUAAUAACGAGAGAGAGAGAGAGAGAGAGAGAGAGAGAGAUGAAUGCAGAAAGCAGAAAGCAGAAAGAACCAGUCCCUCACCCCAACCGAAAAAACUAGGGGGAAAGAAUAGCUGGCAGUAUCGAACCUGGGAUCCACUUUUGCCAAGAUCGGACGAGGGAGGUUUGAAGAAAGAAGGCUACCUCCCCGCACACGUUGGGCCGAAGGUCUGAAUCUGAUACUGUGAUGGAGGGUAGAGAGAGGAAGGGCUACGCCUGGGCAAUCUCAGCCGGAAUUACGGCUGCUCUUGCUGCCAUUUCCGCAAAGCUCUUCACCUCUCAGUUUGUUAGAUUUUCCAUGGUCAUAUUAUUUAAUGCGACGAUGUGGGGAUGUUAUGUCAACAGCCUUAAAGCUCUGUCUUCUCUACAAGCUACGGUAACAAACUUUGCUACCAACUUCCUCUCUUCUGGUCUAGCUGGAUUUUUCUUGUUCGAGGAGGCAUUGUCAUUUCAGAAUGCAAAAGCAGUCCUGAUGCCCAAAGGGGAAAAGAAAGUCCCGGUACAAGGAAAGCCUAAGGCGCUUAAAUUGUUCGUGUUCUGAUGAAAAGGUAUGUCUGGUAGUGGUUUGCAGGUGCCCUGCUCAUCAUAAUUGGCGUACUUGUACUCAGCAGGUCAAGUAUUGAGAUGAAGGAAAGCAUAGACUAGAGGUUCAAAUAUUGACCCUGCAGUUACACUUUUCUCUUCUUGUUGACAUUACGUUUCUUGUGGAACCAUGCAUUCUAUGUUGAAUUUGUAACGAAAAACAAUCAUUUAUGUUUUUAAAAACAUGUACAUGUACCCUAACAAUGUUGAAAAGGCUCUCAUUUCAGCCUAA